AUGGAUUGUCCCAGCCAUGCACAACAACCAAUGCAAUUGAAGCCUCCAGGGGCACCAUACAAUUGCAGUGGUUGUCGAGAAAUAGGGUUUGGACGCAGUUACCACUGUGGAAACCACAACUGCAGUUACAUAUUCUCCAUGAAGAGUGUUCAAAUGUUGUUUCCAUUGCCUUUCAUCCAUUUUUCCCACAAAGCUGUUUCAAGAUAUGAUCUGCAUCCAUGCUGCUUAAAGCUUAAACACAGGAUUUCUGAUGAAGACGGGCGUGUGACACUUGAACUGAGUCAGAAGGUUCCCUCAAAGUGUGUGAAGUGUAAGCAUAGGAAUGUUGUGAGUGGAGUUAAAGGGUGGUCUUAUGUUUCUUCUGGUUCUGGGGGAACUUACUGUUAUCAUGUGUCGUGUGUAAAGGAUUUGAUUCUUGAGAAUCUGAAGAGGGGUUAUUUUAGUCAAGAAAUUACAAAUUCAGUUGGGAUGAGUGAUAGGGAGUACUCUCAACUGGCACUGAGAAGCAUGGAGAUGGUUCAAAGUGGAGGAAGUUCAAGGAGUUCAGGGACAAUGAGGAAGUACACCAAGAUUGCUGUGUUGGUGUUCAAGCUAAUAUUUUCAGCUGUUUUUGGAAACCCUAUAUCUGCCAUUGCUGCUCUUGUGGAAGCCCUUGUUUCUGAUUGA